AUGAUACGCUGCCUUUUUAUUCUGACGAAUACUCUCGCUUUUCUCGGCGGAACUGCUUUGAUUGGCCUCUGCACUUGGAUCAUUCUUGACGCUGAAUCUAUUGGGAUCGAGGCGGACUUCAUUGUCGAUUUCAUAAAUGGCUUUUUGAAAGAAGUGGCUGAGAACCUCGGCGAAUUGUAUGAAGAACAUGUUGGCAACCCGGAAAUUUUCGAGGACAUUUUUGAAUGGAUUUCAUACGCGACUUAUGUUGCCCUAGCCGCCGGAUGCCUUGUUACGCUGAUAAGUUUUACUGGCUGUUUCGGAGCUCAAGCAAAGAGCCGUUGCCUCUUGACAAUUUUCGAGAUUUUCAUGGCGCUUCUCAUUGUCAUCCAGCUCACUGGAGCUGUUCUCGCGAUCUUCUACUACCCAAAAGUCGAUGAGUUUCUGGUUGAGCGCUUUGCCGAGUACGAGCCGAUUCCGAAUCCGGAGGACAUUAAUGAUGUGAAUCAAAUUCCAGACCCUGAUGUGAUUUUCAACUCGCAAUUUGUUGAUAUCAUGCAGACAAGUCUCGACUGCUGCGGGUGGAAUUCGAAAGAUGAUUUUCCAAAUGAAUUGCCGGAAUCCUGCUUCCAGACCGAUGCCCAAAACUUGACCUCCGUCUGGGAAAACUCCUGCGGACGAAUUUCAAUAAGAAUUUUUCGGCCAAAAAAAUGGCCCCCCUUUUUAUGUGCUCAUAUGAAAGAGCCUUCGAUUCUAAAGAGCCAAAAUAAUGAAACCGAGAAAUAUUUCUUCGUCCUUGCGGAUGACAACGAAAAACCUCGUCUCAGCUAUGUGAUUUCUACUACUGGAGCUUUCAAGGAAGAUCGAGUAAUUCAAACUCCAGAGACGGUUUCUUCUUGGGGCUUUCUUGGUCGAGCUGGAUCAGCGAUGGUCAAUGGAAAGAUGCAUAUUUUUGGGGGAACAGCAGACACAAGAAAGAUCGGGAUUCUCGAUGGUUGUGAGAUUAGACGACUUCGAUACCGCCUUAUCAACGAGUACACUACUAGCUCUUCCAUCGUCUCCGUGCCAACAUUACAAGGAUCGAACGCUCUCCUGUGCUUCGACUUCAAACAAACCGGCAAAGAAUGCGAAGAGUUCAACGGCGAAAUUUCUCUGCGAACAAUUCCUAGCGAAGUCACUCAUCUUGGUGCAUGCCUUGCGAUUUUCAAGGGACAACCAACGGCUGUUAGCAGUUACGAACCAGACGGAUGGAAAACGGUGGAAACAAGGGGUCAGGAUGGAUGGUCGUUUUUAUCUGAACAUCCAAGAAAACUCAAAUACCAUACAUGUCUUGGUCUGGCAGACGGGUUGAUGACCAUCGGUGGCGAGGAUUUCGACGGCUUUCAAAGAAUCAACGAUAUUUGGCUUCUCCGGGAUUCUGACUGGAAUCUUGUUGGAACUCUGAAACAGGUUCCCUAUUUUUUCUUUCUAUUUUUGACCGAAUUUCUCUUCAAGCAAGCUUGGUACGCGUCUUCUUUCUUGAUUUCAGGAGAAAUUUUCGCCAUCAGCGGAGACUACCCUUAUGCGAUUGAAAAAAUUGAAUGGGAUGGGACAAGUGUUGUUUCUUCGGAAAUCAUCAACAAUCAUCCUGCUUACUACGCGAAACCGAUUGUUUUUGAAACUGAUGCAGAAUUUUGCAAAUAA